UACAGGGGAGCAUGUGCUCCUCCAUUAAAAUUUGCUUUCAACCAUUUUACAGUUGGGCUGUCCGAAAACCGAACGGAGAAUGAAAGCGUUUCGUUCAAAACGCUCGUUGAUCUCCGAGAUUUCGCCUCGGCUUUCGUUUUAUAAUGCCGCCCAUCCGAGACGUUUCGGAAGUUUCGCUCGAAACCCUGCCAAAUUUCCUGAGCCCUUAUACAGAAGAACUAGCUUGUGUAAUGUUAUAUGCAAGGUUUUUGGUUCACAAUCUCCUUUUGGGCCACUCCAUGGAAUACGGUGGUUUCUCCUAGCAAGGCAUUCAUGGAUUCAUUCAUGUUCAUUUCUGAACUUGGCUGACAAAGUUGCGGAGCCAGAAAAGCUACCUGUAGACAGCACAACUGCUGCUGGAACUGUUGAGACAAAAGUAAAGAGGAAAAAGCUGAAGGGAAAAAGAGCUGUUGUAAGGUGGCUAAAGUUCUUCAGGUGGAAGAAGAAGAAAGAGUAUGAAAGAAUGACAGCAGAAGAAAAAAUCUUGUACAAAUUGAGGAAGGCUCGAAGGAAAGAGGAAAGGCUUGCUGAAGCUCUGACAAAGAUUGAACCUAAAGAGUCAUCAGAGACAACCCAUGACCCAGAGAUACUGACACCAGAAGAGCACUUCUUCUUUCUGAAGAUGGGCCUCAAAUGCAAGAACUAUGUGCCCAUCGGAAGGCGUGGAAUAUAUCAGGGCGUGAUUUUGAACAUGCACUUGCACUGGAAGAAGCACCAGACUCUGCAGGUGGUGGUGAAGACAUUUUCACCAGAGGAGGUCAAGGAAAUAGCUGUUGAACUAGCUAGAUUGACUGGAGGGAUUGUUCUUGACAUUCAUGAAGAGAAUACAAUAAUUAUGUACAGAGGGAAGAACUACUCUCAGCCACCAACCGAGAUAAUGUCACCCAGGAUUACUCUUUCUCGCAAAAAGGCUUUGGAUAAGUCCAAGUACAGGGAUGGUCUCCGCGCUGUUAGGAAAUAUAUACCAAGACUUGAAGGGGACCUUGAGUUGCUUCAAGCACAGGCCAAAAUGCAAGCUGAAAACAAAACAGAAGCUGUUGAAGAUUUCCAAAACGCCAACAUCGACAGCAUCAACUCACAAGGCAUUUCAAAUCUACAGCCAGAGAACUCAGAUAAACUGAGGGAGUUACUGGCUGGAAACAACGAAUCUUCUGAGGAGGAAUCCUUGACUGAUUCAGGUACAGAAUCAUGUUCUGAAGCUUUAUCAGAUAUUUUCGAGUCAGACUCUGAUACAGAUACCAAGGAGAAGGCAGAACAACUGCUUUACUUGAAUGAGUUUGAAAAGUUUCCAGUAGAAAGUGAUGGUGAACCAGAGGACUUUGAGGAGCACCUACGUCAAAUAUCCGCAGAUUCCAGAAAGGCAAAGUCACUGGAGAAGGAUGCAGAUCUACCACAACUUGAUGAAGUCGACCAGAUGUUUUUGCGGGCAGCUUCACUUUUAAAGAAAAAGAGGAGAUAAAUAGUAGCUCUAAAGUCCAUUUCUUCUGGGUUAUCAUUUGGCUGCAACUGUAGCUGCGAUUCUAUGGAGGUGUAUGCUGCCAAAUGUAGAUGAUGAUGAUGGUCAUAUUUGAAUUUCCUCAGUGUAUAUGAGUCGGAUACCCUCCAACUCAUAGAAAACCAGUUUUGUUAGUCAAUUCUAAGGCUGUAUCAUACAAUCAUGCCUUUGUUUUAACAAGAAACAUGCAAAGAAUUGUACUCUUUGGUUGUUGAGGUUGUGCAGAGGAUGCCUUUGCUGUUUGCUGGGGCUCAUUUCACAGGGA